AUGGUUCUAAUGAUGGAAUCGCAAUGCGAGUAUUUUAUGUAUUUCCCUGCGGUUCCCAUCACGGACCUGUCGGACCCGUCAAAAUACCGAACUCUCCCCCGGCGCAGUCACCUCUACCUCGGCGAAACGGUACAGUUCUUGCUAGUCCUGCGGUCCAGAGAUGGAGCGUCGGGCUCGAGCGGGACAAAGGGAAGCGAGUCAGGUGACAGCGGUACCCGGGCUUGGAAGGAGCUGGUACGGUCCCUCUCCGCUGUAGCAAGUGUCUGCCCCGGAGAGAGCCGACAUCGCUCCCAACUUCACCCCCACGAGUUCCAGAGAAGCUACAGCGAUGACUGUGUAGACGAGGAUCCAGACGACGUUGACUUUGAAGCGGGAACAGUCCACACAGCCAGAAGGGAGUCAAGGAACCGAGGUUUCAGAGAAUGCAAGCCGCUUCUCAUACACAAUAAUACGGGGCGUGAUGGACGGCAGUAUCGGCGCGCACCGGUUCAGUCACCGAUGGACGAGCCAGUGGUAUUGAACGAGGAGGUCAUAUUCCCUCUGACCGUCUCAUUGGACAAACUCCCCGUCAACACACUCAAGGUCAAGAUCAUAGUGACCGUGUGGAAGCAGGAGGAGGAAAAGGCAGAGAUCAGGGAACAUGGUUACCUCACCAUCCUACAGCUGAGGAGCCCCACACACACCUUCAGACAAGACCUUAAUACCUUCAAAGCCCAGGUCAGCACCACGUUGAGUGUUCUUCCUCCACCAACUGUGAAAUGUCAACAGAUGACUGUCUCCGGGAAGCACCUGACCAUCCUCAAAGUAUUAAACUCCAGUUCUCAGGAGGAGGUCUGUGUGAGGGACGUGAGAAUCAUUCCUAACUUCAACGUGUCCUACCUCCCCAUGAUGCCUGAUGGCUCUGUGCUUCUGGUGGACAAUGUCUGCCACCAAUCGGCAGAGGUUGGAAUGGCGUCGUUCCACAGGAUGAACAGUAGCUCCUCUCACCUUCCCAGCAUGCUCUCUGCCCUGGAGGAGCAGAACUUCCUGUUUCAGCUGCAGCUCAGGGACCAGCCGGAGGAAGAGAGCAACGAGGGUCUGGAGGUUCCUUUGGUAGCUGUGCUGCAGUGGUCCACCCCUAAACUUCCCUUUACCAGGUACAUCUCCACCCACUACCAGCUGCCCAGCGUGAGAAUGGACCAACCCCGUCUGGUUAUGACAGCUUCCUGUCCCAGUGCUGUGCAGCCUCAGGAGCACUUCCGGGUAAAAUACACCUUACUAAACAACCUGCAAGACUUCCUGGCUGUAAGACUGGUCUGGACGCCCGAAGGUCGUGGUCGUCAGGAGGACCCCUCUGUCAGUUCUGUGGUAUGUCAUUCCCCCCUUAACAACCUGGGCCAGUGUCGGAAAGGAUCCACCCUCUCCUUUACUGUCGGCUUCCAGAUACUCAAGGCAGGACUCUUCGAGUUAAGCCAGCACAUGAAGCUGAAGCUUCAGUUCACAGCGUCCUGUUCCAACCCCCCUGCUGAGGCCAGGCCCAUGUCUCUGUCCCUGUCCAGGAAGAACUCUCCCUCCAGCCCUGCUGUUAGAGACCUGCUGGACAGACAGAGUCUGGGAAGAUCACAGUCCUUCUCUCACCAACAACCAUCACGGUCGCAUCUUAUGAGGACGGGCAGUGUGAUGGAGCGCAGGGCCAUCACCCCUCCAGUGGGAUCCCCAGUGGGUCGACCCCUCUACCUCCCCCCCGAUCGGCCGGUCCUCUCACUGGACAAGAUCGCCAAGAGAGAGUGUAAGGUACUGGUGCUGGAACCUGGAAGAGACUGAGAGACAAGGCGAGAGACAGGGAGAGGUGGAGGAAGAGAGGGGAGUGCUGGUGCUUGAGCCAGGUAGAAACAAUGAGACUGUGAAGAUGGGAGGGAGUGAAGGAAGGGAGGAAGAAGGGAGACAUAGAUAGAAAAAGGGAGAGAGAGAGAGUCAUCUCUCAUGCUGAACAUUUCCUACAUCCUACAAGGCACGCAUGAACAAUGAUUUACCAGACAGACAGAUAGACUAUCUGACACACACUGAAUGAUUGACUGUACGUGAGCCACAUAAUUUGAAGACACUGGAGAAGUUACUUUCAACAACAUCAUUUCACAUUUUUAUCUCAACAACAUUUGAUGUUUUUAUAUCACUGUAAUGUCAGCAUUCCAUUUCAUUCCUUGUUUUAUUCCUUGUGUAAUGCUGUAAUUUAAUGUGUAAAUAAUUGUUAAGGUUUUAAACAGGGUGAAGACAUAUCCAGACUAUUUGUAGAAGCAUUUUGAGAACUUUUUCCCUGUAGAUUACUGUGUUUACCGUACAGGGUUAUGGUAAUAGCCAAUACCUUGUUAAUACAUAUUGUUAUACACUGGUAUACAUUUUACACAGUAUAUGUAAUGUAAUACUUGGAUGUUAGAAUCAUUUUUUUAGUGAAAAACUGGAUUAUGUUAGUGAGAAACUGGAUUUUAAAGAGUCAAAAACUGGAUUUUAAGAGUCAAAAACUGGAUUUUGUUACUGAAAAACUGGAUUUUAUUAGUGAAAGACUGAAUUUUGUUACUGAAAAACUGGAUUUUGUUAGUUUACACACUGUUAGAUACACUUAUCUAAUGUGAUGGAUGUCAAACUUGUGAUUAAAAAAAGCAGCAGGAGACCACAGGGAAAGGCUUGAGUUCUGUUGCAUUGUGGAAUAACUCUAGCCUGGUCUCAGAUCAGUUUGUGCUGUCUUCACAACUCCUAUGGUCAUUGUCACGAUAGGAAUUGGCAAGACAGCACAGACAGAUCUGGGACCAGGCUAGAUCUGUUUCACCCGUGGAUAGUGUCAUCGAGUUCACUCUUAUUAGAAUGUGUUGUAUUUUAGUGGCUUGGAGCCACACAGUCUCGACACUGUAUUUAGUAGUUAAAUAAGUAGUCUACUAGAGAUGUUUUUAGUUUAUGCUAAAUAUAUUUAUUGUCCGAUUUGUAUAAUUUAGAUUUUAUUUUAUCAGCAUUUACUUCUGCUUAAAAGUCUUAAAAGUGCUUAUACUCCUUAGUACACUCCAGAGUACACAUAUUGUACAUAGAAGGACACACUCCGUAACACAAACUUCAUAGUCCACACUCCAUGAUAGGAAACAAAUAAUUUCCCUUUCCCUUGUUAUACUGCUGUUCGCCCUAUUCCCUAUAAAGUGCACUACUUAUGGACCCUGGUCAAAAGUAGUGGACUAGAUAGGGAAUAGGGUGCCAUUUGGGACACAGUCUUACACUGUUGUUCACAGCUGUUAAAACGUUGAUUACAGUGGUUGAUCCUGUUGAUUGUUGCUGUUAUGCCAUUCAUUCACACUUUACCUUAUUAUUAGGGAUUUAGUCCUGGGUAACAAUCCAGAAUAGUGGAUUAUUUAGAAAUCGUAACGUCCGUUACUGUAGCUACGUUUACAUUUGUGUUGAGAACAUUGAACAAUGGUGUGUGUGUGUGCAGGUGUGCGUGCAUAAGUGUGUGUGUGUGUGUAUGUUUGUGGCGCUUUAAGCAUUUGUUGUAUGUUUUUUGUAUGUUUGUCUAAAAUAUUAUUUUAUUUCCUGGUUCAAUUUGCCAAUGGAAAUGACCAAUGGGUCUUUAUCCCUGAUGUAAAUUACAAUGUGAGGUUGGGGACAUUUCAAACGAUCAGAUUUUACUUUUUUUACUGUGUGUCAAAAGCCCUGUUUAUACCUGGUUCUAGCAUGCAUCCUUUGUCCUGAUCGCUUCCACAUUUUUGAUUGUGCCCACAUUUUUAGACAGGUGUUGACAAUCAAAAGACACAUUGUGAUGUGAUUUUGAUCAGAUCAUUCUGCCCACCUCCGGAGGUAGUCAGGUACGCAUUGUGUCUUUGUAUCUUACAAGUGUAGACGGAUCUGGACAGAGAAACCAUUUUAGUACAUUAUUCCACCCAUUAAAAUCCUUGACAGGUGGCACCAUUGACUGAUUACAUCAAUAUGUGUCUUACAAUACAUAAAUAAAUCUUAUUUUGAAAGAGUAGUGAAAUAAUUAGCAUAAAGGAAGGGAUCAGGAAAUCUGGUCACAAUGCAGACACAUUGGAUGGAUAACAGACACGUUUUAAUACCAUAUGUAGACACAUUUUUGGAAAUGUGGGCACAUACAGAAUGUAGACAAGAUCAGGACAAAGGACCCAUGUUAACACCAGGUAUAAACCGGGCGUAUUAUGCCUUAUUUUCCCUGGACACAAAGUACUUGCUUGUGUAUUCUAUGUUUAAUUUAGACGUUUUUAUCUCUAUAUCUUUACAUGAAGACAAGAAAUAGAUGUACCCAAGACUGUGUGUGCAGAGGAUGUGUGUUAUUUAGUUUCUUGUUUCAUUUUGUUUAGAUGUUUUAUUUCCUUAAGCCUGGAAUUUAACUGAAAAACAAAACCAUUCCAACUCAAUUUUCAUUGUUCCCGAACACUUGAUGAACACAAGUUUGGUCACAAACAUUUCCAUUCCUUUCCUCUUGUGAUUUUAAAACAAUGUAUUAUAUUACUACUUGGACCAAAGUAGCUCACAAUAUGAUUGUUUAUGUAUAUUAGUGACUUGUUUUUAACAGUCAUUGUUGUUAAGCACUUGAAUUGAUUUGACUUGUAUUGUUCUUGGUUCUUUGGACACACAAACAACAAAUGCAGUUGAUUGUGUCACAGAUGUACUGUGGCACGUUGUUUGCUAGCAGUCUCACUAGGCCUUAGUUUAGGUCUUGCUUGUUUUUAGAUGCAUUGAAUGCAAACGUCUGUCAGGGAAAAGUGUUGGGUUAAAAAAAAAAUGUUUUGGGUCACUCCUCGUUUGUUGCACUCUUGAAGUGUGAAUAAAUACAGUUGGAGCGA